UGAGCGUUUAGUUUUUUCCCGCACGUUAUACUCAGUGGAUGUUAAAUUUAAAACAGAUGUCUGUUAGAAUCCUAAAAAAGCGCAAAGAUAAUUCAUUACGGCGAGCGGCGAGUGGCGAGCGGCGAGCGGGAGAGAGAAAGUGUAACAGUGUUGAGUGAGCGUGCGCGAAGAAGGUGAAGAUGUAAAGAUGUGAAUUAAAAAUCUCCUUCUCCUCCUCCUCCUCCUCCACCACUAUUAACGGGUUAUUUGUUUUUCAAAAGGAAAACAAUAACAAUAUCGUACGUAGCAGAGACAACUUUACCUUUAACCCCAAAAGUAUUAAAAGCAACCAUGUGUUUUGUUUAUGAAUAUGAAUAUGAAUAUGUAUGCGUUUAUAAGAGCUAAUGAGCAUAUUAAGUGAUCUGCGCUUAUGUGUAAGUAAUUAAAAUAUGCUCGUGACAAAGAGUGAUGCUGAGGAUUCGCUAAACGGAACGUAUUUUUGUCUAUGUGUUUGAAUGUGUACGAUAUUAUUUAUAUGUAUGUGUGUAUGCAUGUAUAUGAUGAAAUACAAAAUUUUUAUACUUAAAUACCAGCACACAUAAGAGCUGAUCUCCGUUUUGCGUACAAAUAUGCAUAGGAAUGAUUUAACGAAGGAAAUAAAAUUGAAAAAGAAAAUCAUGUAAUAUAUAACUUAAAUCAAAAAGCCGAAGAAGAUAUUCAUUUGUAUUCUUUUCUCAAGCCAAAUGUGAAAAGUCAUCUGUAAAGUGCCGCUAAUUAAGAAAAAAAAAAAAAAAAAAAAAAGAAAACUAAAUAUUGAAAAAAAAAAAAAUUUAUUAUUUAUUUUUCUAAAUUAUUUCAUAAAAAUGCACUCUACCACCGGUAAUAAAAUCAUGACUACAACCUCGCAAACUAAAUCGCCGCUUCUGAAAACGAAAAAUUCACCAUCGGGUGCAACGAUUAGUAACGCAACGAUUGUUAGCAAAUCCGAUAGUUUGGAAAUUGAGGAGAUAUCGAAAAAGAUCUCUGAACAUGCCGACGCUUUAUAUCGUACGUGGAAAAAUCGUGGUUUAGUACCGCCGGCAGAAAUUCUAGAAUUCUAUACAGUUGAAGCGGCCCAAGCUGCCGGCGCUAGUAAAGAGGAAUUACAAAGUACCGAAGGUCUACAAAAAUUGGUGAAUACAUUUGUAAUUAAAGAUAAAGAGCAACGUGGCAAAGUUAAAAAAACGGCAACAACAAAAACAGCAGCACCAACAACAACAACAGCAACCUCUAGUAAUACGGAAGUAAAAACAUGUACAACAACAACAGCAGCGACAAUCAAGUAUCAAUUAAGUGAUCAUGUAACGGCAACGACCAGCUUGUCGUCGAAUUCGAAAAUGCCAUCAUUAUCAUCAUCAUCGCUAGUGUCCCCAAUUUCACAGAAUGUAUUAACAUCAACAACAUCGACGUUAAUUUUUAACAAUAGUAAGCAAGCGAUUAACAGCUGUGUCGUUAAUAGUAGCCGGAUAGGCAGUUUACAAAAGCAACAACAACAACAACAUCUUAAACUUGAUGAUCAGACAUAUAGUCAACAAUCAAAGCAGCAAAAACAACAACAACAGCAGCAAUUAUCACAAAAUUUGCAGCAACAAUUACUAUAUCCGCAACAACUUAAACUUGAACAAAAGCAAUUAAAGCAUAAUCAGCAAACACAGCAACAGAAACAACAACAAGUGCAGCCAUCAAUACAUCCUCAACAACAACAACAGCAAGUAAAGCAUAAUCAGCUAUUGCAACAGCAAAAAGGACAACAUAUGCAGCAGAGCCUGCAACAACAAUUGAAAUCCCCUCAGUAUCAAGAACACCAGCAACAAAAAUCCUACUUGCAAUUGAAACAGCCACUUCAGCCUUUGCAGCAACAACAACAACAACAAAUGCCAAUACGUUCACAACUCCAUGCUCACGAACCCCAAAAUCAAUAUCAGUCAGAAAUUGGCCAAAAGAUAACCUCUAGUAAAAUUAAACUCAAUACAAAAUCAUCGAAACCCUCUACCGAUAUUUUAGAUAGUGUAACGAAGUCUGCAACUAAUUUAAAUGGCAAUCCAAAGAAAGUCAUGAUGAAUACGGCGCCACAUGUCACUAAAGUGCCGGUAUCCUCGCAAGCGACCGCUCAUUUGGAGAAAAAUUUAAAUUUCGAUAUUGAUUUAGAUUUAAAAUUGGAUCUAAAUUUAGAUGUUAAACAGUUAAGUGAAAUGCAAAAUCAAAAUUUACGUAAAAUUAAAGAUUUAUUAAAUCAAAGCAAUGCCAAGAUACCCACAAAAAUCCCGACGCUAACUAUCAACACUAACAAUUCCAAUCAGGGCCGAGGAGGAGGGGCGGGAGUCGAACAUUCAAUUAAGAUGAAGCAAUCGGCAAAAGUUACAAACAUAAUAACGGCGCCAUUGAUUGACGAUCUAAGGCAAAGGCUUAAGCAUGAUGAUGGAAAUGAUAAUGAAACAACAACAACAAUUCGAGAAAUGUUAACAGCAAGCGAAAUGCCGGCUAAUAAGAAAUUAAAGGAAAUGCAAAGAAUAAAAACAAACGACCUUAAUUCGAAAAGAGAAAAAGAUCUAAUAAACGCCGAUGAGAAAUUGAUAAUGAAUGAUAAAAAUGCUGGUAAAAGUAAUAGCACUAGCAUAAGUAGUAGUAGUAGUAGUAAUAGUAAUAGUAGUAGUAGCAAUAGCAGUACUAGUAGUAGCAGUAGUAGUGGUUCGAGUGGUGGUAGUAGUAGUAGUAGUAGUGUUAGUAUUAGCAGUGGUAGUAGCAGCUGCGUCAAUAAUAGCAGCAACGACGAUAUCAUUAACAGCAACGUGAACAUUAUCACCCAUACAAGUGCAGAGAAUACAAAUAUUUUAACAUCUUCCGCAGCACCAAUAACCACAACCACGCCGCUUCUCUUAGUUGAUCAAGUUAUAGCAAAUCAAGCGGGCAAUGCUUUUGAUUUUAACAAAUCAUUAGCACUAACAACAGAGGAUAUUGUAACUUCUACAAUAAUAACAACAGCGGUGACAACGACAAUAACAGCAACAACUGCAACAAUAAUAACAACACCAGCAACAACAACAACAACAACAACAACAACACCAACAACACCAAUAAUAAAUAGUAAAUCUUCUAAAACUGGAAAAGUUAUAAAAAAUAGUAAAGCAACGCUAAUAAAGGAUAGCCGGGGACCGCAGUCCUUAAUUGAGAUUAUAGCACCAGCAUCAGCCCCGGCACUAGCACCCGCACCCGCAUCUGCAACAACAAAAACACCAACAACAACAUUAGCAGUUAAUAGCUCUCUAACGAGCCCUAUGGACGAGCAAUCUAAUGUUAAUGUUAGCGACAUUAGUAGUAAUAAUAGCAGCAAUAGCAGCACCACGAUGCCAACACCCAUUAAAGUGAAAACAACACGAAAUGCUUUAAGCAAUGGCCAAGAGAAAAAUUUGCGCAGUAAUUUUUUAACGCGUGGCUCGGUCGCCGAACGUGUUUUAAUGUUUGAAAAAUGCCCCGAUGUACGUAAUGCGUUUCUUAAUAUCAAACGACCGGAUAAAGUGGAUACUCCGCCAAAGGUUCAGGUGAAAUUGCAUGCUACACCACCGCCAGCGCCCGUCGAACAGCAUUCUUUACAAAAGGAAAUCCGUACAUUGAAAAGUGUUUAUAUACCCAGAUUUUAUUUUCCACAUGGCAAACCACAGCCCACUAUUGCAUUGGAGCGGACAUUGCGUGGCAUAUUGUCGGCGUUCGAUACAUUUCCCAAUAAUCAGGUGACAAAAGAUGAACUGCCACGUAUUUUAAAGAUAUGCGGUCUGCCGUUCUAUUGGCGUAUGCCGGUCAUGGUGUUCUGUCAACAGCAUAACUCAGGCUUAGUGGAGCGUCAGAGAUUCGUUGAAUUUUGGAAACAAAUGAAUGUCUAUUGUCAUGAUGCCGCCUCGCGUUUCGUUUAUAUUUUAUCGCGAGGUCAACGCUUUCGCAAUAAUAUUCUACCUGAAGAUUUAAUACCUUUAGUACAGGACGUAGUGGAUACACAUCCAGGUUUGGCAUUUCUUAAAGAAGCCACCGAAUUUCAUUCCAGAUAUGUACAUACCGUCAUAGCGAGAAUUUUCUAUUCGGUUAAUCGCAGUUGGUCGGGUAAAAUAAGCAUAGCGGAAUUAAAGAAAUCGGAUUUGUUAGAGAUUAUAACUCUUUUGGAAGAGGAAGACGAUAUCAAUCAAAUUAUGGCCUUCUUUAGCUAUGAACAUUUCUAUGUUAUUUAUUGUAAAUUUUGGGAAUUGGAUAAAGAUCAUGACCUAUUAAUUAAUCAAGACGAUUUAUCGCGACAUAGUGAUCACGCUUUAUCGUCACGUAUCGUAGAGCGUAUCUUUUCCGGUUGCGUUACGCGUAACGACAAUCGAAAAAAUCCCGAUGAUGAAGCGAAAAUGUCUUAUACCGAUUUUGUAUGGUUCCUUUUAUCCGAAGAAGAUAAACGUACACCGACUGCUAUUGAAUAUUGGUUCCGUUGCAUGGACCUUGAUGGUGAUGGCGUAUUAUCGAUGUAUGAAUUGGAAUAUUUCUAUGAGGAACAACAACAACGUAUGGAAUCAAUUGGCAUUGAAUCUUUACCAUUUGAGGAUUGUUUGUGCCAGAUGCUGGAUAUGAUCAAGCCACAGAAUCGUGACGCUAUAGCAUUGGGAGAUUUGAAGCGAUGCAAAAUGACCCAUGUAUUCUUCGAUACAUUUUUCAAUCUAGAAAAAUAUUUAGACCAUGAACAACGUGAUCCAUUUGCUACUCAGCGAGAUGAAUAUUGCUCGGAUUGGGAUCGUUUUGCUGCGCAAGAAUAUGAACUUUUAAUAACUGAGGAGAAUGAUUAACGAUGUUUAUAAAAUUUCUUCAAAAAGAAUAUACUUUUAUAUCUUUUUCAUUUCAUGAAAUUGUUUUCAAGUUUU